AUGCUCACCGCCGUCCGCCGGGCACCUGAAGUCCUGCGGCAUUUGGACAGGUGGCGUGCGGACAAGGAGGUGGUUCUGCAGGCCGUGGCAUGUGAUGGACUAGCUCUGGAGAUGGCUUCUGAGUUGCUGAAGGAAGAUGAGGAAGUCCUGGCCACUGCCAUGACUCAGAAUGGUCUGGCUUUGGAGUUUGCAAUGGAAGGGGCAAAAGCCAAAUGGGAGGUGGUUUCCGUGGCAGUCUCCCAGAACGGAGCUGCUUUGCAACAUGCUGCUGAGAGCCUCCGUUCCUCACGCACCACUGUGCUAGCAGCCGUGUCCCAUAACGGGCUGGCCCUGAGAUACGCCUCGGAUGCACUAAGAGCCGAUGAGGAGGUUGUCAUUGCUGCCGUGCGCCAGUGCGGCGAGGCCCUGCGCUUCGCGCGCGAUGCUUGCAAGGGCGAGGUUGUGGUGGUGACGGAGGCGGUGCAGGAAAGUGGCAGGGCCCUCCUACAUGCUGCAUCGGCCUGCAAAGCAGAUGCAGCGGUCGUGGAGGUUGCUGUGAAGCAGGAUGGGAGGGCCCUGGAAUUUGCCGAGGAGGCCAAGGCGAAUAGGCUGGUCCUGGCCGCGGUGCAGCAAACCGGCUCAGCGCUGGCGUUUGCAGCGCUUGCGCUGAGAUGCGACAAGGAGGUGGUCGGAGCUGCCGUAGACUGCCAGGGCCUGGCGUUAAAGCAUGCGGCGGAUGAGCUGCAAAGCGACCCGGGCCUGGCACUGCGGGCUGUGGCGCAGGAUGCCAGCGCCAUGGAGUAUGUGGCAGAGGCUCUCAAAGAUGACCGGAACUUUGUAUUGGAGGCUGUGAGGCACAGCGGUGCCACCCUGCAGCAUUUGCCGGCCUUUGCUGCAGACCGGGAGGUUGUGCUUGCCGCGGCGCAGCAGGACGUCACAGCACUAGGGUUUGCCUAUGCAGAGUUGCGCGGAGACCCAGACGUCAUUUGCGCUGCCUUGCAGUGGGAUGCCUCGGCCGUGGUCUAUGCGACCGAGCUGGUGCACAGCAGGGACUUCAUCCUGAGAGCUCUUUCGGUGAACCCGAAGGCGCUCUCAUACCUACUGGAAUAUCAAGGAGAUAGGCACAUGGUGCUGCAAGCUGUGGCGGACGAUGCCAGCACAAUGCGCUUUGUCUCAGAUGAGCUUCGAUGUGAUGAUGAAUUCGUGCUGGAAGCCUUCGCUCGUGCCCCUGAGUCCCUGAAAUAUGCAGCAGCCUUGACCUUUGAAGAUGACGACUUCAUGCUGAGAGCCAUUGCAUGCAAACCCUGUGCCCUCGGCUUCGCUUCGCAUGAUAUGAGAGCAGACGCGGCCUUCAUCAUGGAAGCCAUAGAUGUAGACCCGGACGCCUUCGAAUUCUGUGGUGUUGACUUGAAGCAAGAUGCCAGAUUUCUGUCCGAGGCUGCUUGCCAGGCACCUGCAGUGCUGCAACAUGUGGAUGCCAAUUUUUUGGGAGAUGAUGACUUUUUGCUGAGCAUCAUUGCUGAGCGUUCAGAAGCCAUAUGUCAGUUACCCGCAUGGCGCAGAGAAGACAAGGACUUGAUGCUGCGAGCCGUGCGGAGCAACGCGUCCGCUAUCAGAUAUGUGAACAGCGAUGACGUGGAGCUUGUCCAGUCGGCUCUGCGCUUGCGCGGAGACGCCCUGGCCUUCCUGGAAUUCCCAUCCAAGCUCGCUGUGCUCGAGGCUGUGUGGGUCCGCAGUCUCGGCGCUGCCCUUGCCCAUGCUGCAGACGCAAUGCGUGCAGACCCAGAGGUGUGCCUCGCGGCUGUUCAGGCAGAUCCCAUGGCUCUGGAGUUUGUGGCGGAGAGCCUGAAGGCUGACAGAGAUUUCGUCCUGCCUGUUGUUGAGAGGGACGGUCGUGCUCUCGCCUUUGUUUCCGAGGAGAUGAGGGGAGAGGAGGAGCUCGUGUUGGCUGCGUUGCCAACGCACCGCGCCGCCUUCCUUCAAGCUAAGCCGACGUUGCGUGCCGAGAGGGCUUUCGUGUACCGCGCGGUUGGUCAAGCAGGCAAGGUGCUGGAGUAUGUGGAUGGCGAAUUUCAGAAUGAUAAAGAGAUUGUGCUGGAAGCUCUGGGCCGGGACCCGUCUUCGUUGCAAUUCGCAGCUGACGAGCUCCGGAGUGGCCCCGGCUUCCUGUCGGAAGUCUUGGAAAGAUUUGGCGUCUCUGAUGACUUGGACUCUGCGCCGGAGGGGGAUGUCCAGGAGCUUCUGCAGCGAGUGCAGAUACUGGAGGGUGCUGAGAUAUUGGUGGCGUCAGAUCGGAGUGUUGUAGUGGGGCUGCGGCGGAGACGGUACGCACUGCUGAAUUCUCUUGCUUCGGCCACUGCUUCUACAUCGAAUGAAGCGAUCUACAAGGUGCUGCAGAGUGGCGUGUUUUCCUUGCACAGAGUGCUACGCUCGCUGCAGUGGUUCCCAGAUCUUUGGCACCACGCCCUUACGGAACAUCAAGUCUUGCUGCGCCAACUGCCGGAAAGUCUCGAACGCCGUGGUGACAAGGCAUUGCUGGUGGAGGCAACCCAUCAGCAGGUGCUAAGCCUUCAGCUGCUUCCAAAUCAGAGCAACGACCGAGAUGUGGUGCUGGCGGCUGUCGAGCAGAAUGGCUGCGCAUUGGGACACGCAGCCUCAGCCCUGCAAGCGGACAGGCAUGUCGUGUGUGCUGCUCUUAAAAACGAUGCCUUCGCCUGCGUCUUUGUGGCCCCAGAAGCGCGAGACAGGAUGAUCCUCCUACAGGCCUUGCAACGGUUCAUCGCUCGCAUCAGAAGAGGCCGAAGUGAGCUGUUGGAUCCUGGGCAGGUUUCUGACCUGGUUACACAGAGUGUGUUUCUGGCCGAGUCCUGCAUGGAAAGCCUGGGUGCAGACGAGAGCCUUGCUGGAGAGGUCUUGAGAUUGGCGUCUGGCCUGCGAGAGCUCGGAGCUGGAUUUCCAACUUUGCGAGGCUUCGUGGCAGCCCAGCUGGAGGAGCCAGUCUUUGCGUUGGCCCAACGUGAAGAGUUGAGAUCGAGCAGGACCUUUGUUCGGGCAGCUGUAAAGGAAGGCCUCUUCUGGCUACAGCACGCAUCAGAGGAACUUCAGCAAGACCGUCGCUUAGUUCUGCAUUCCUUGAAGCACGACCGCUUCUCGUUGCAGCAUGCUGACCAGCACCUCCGUGAAGAUCGCCGGGUAGUGCAGCAGGCCCUGGUGCAGAACGCCUCCUUAUCCCUCAGCAUGGCCUCAGAUAGGCUCCGCGCCGACCAGCGCUUGGUGCUAGCAGCCAUCGCGCAAAAUUUUGCAGCCUUCGAGCAUGCACAUGCUGGAUUGAAGUCGAACAAGCGCUUUGUGCUUUCCGCGGUGCGUCAAUCAGGCCUUGCCCUGCAGCAUGCUUCAGAAUCUUUGCGAGCAGACAGAAAUGUCGUGCUGGAAGCUGUCCGGCAGAACGUGUACUCAAUGGAGUUUGCGGCGCAGCAUCUAAAGCAAGACCGAGACUUUGUUCUGAAGGCAACGGUCAUCAACGGUUCAGCGCUAGAGCUCGCCGCCGAGGUGGUCAAGGCAACUAAUUCGACCUUGCAUGCUGGAGACUUGGCAUUGGCUGCCAAGGCUGACAGAGGCUUCAUGCUUCAGGCUGUUGAGCACAGCACUGAAGCCUUGGGACGCGCAGAUACCUUGGUCAAGUCAGACAAGGACAACGACUGGGAUGUGGUGCUUCACGCCGUCGAGCGGAACACCAUGGCCGCUUACGAAGCUGCAGGAGCGGUCCUGGACCGUGACUUCGUGCAGGAGGCCGCCCACCGCAAGGGCCCUCUUUGUGGGGAGGUCAUUGAAGAGGUGAAGGCGAGCUCAUGCUUUAGUUGCGCAUAUCUGCACUCUUGUCAGAAUCUACAGUCCAGUGGUACUCACGUCUAUUUCAACAAAAAAUAUAUAUAUAUAUAUAUAUCACGAGUUGGGCAUGCCUCUGCAACGGAGCGGCUGAACAUUCAGAUGUAG